AUGAGUUCGAAGGAUCAGAACGGUUGUGGAAUGAUUCUCUAUGAACCGUCCAACGAACAGAGCGAUUCGAUGAUCGUUUUGCUUCACGGAGGACCGCACAAUUGCUUUGCAGCCUGCUACACGCCCGAUAUUUUGUUUUAUGUGCAUCAGAAAUACACCGUUUUGGUUCCAAACUACCACGGAUCGUUCGGGGCGGGCGACGCUUUUCUGCACAGUUUGUGCGGACACAUAGGAGAUAUUGAAAUCCGUGAUGUUCUGGAUAGUAUCGAGACGGCGCUGAGAGCGAGGCCAAGCCUUUCUCCUGACUCUCUUUAUUUGAUGGGAAGUAGUUAUGGAGGUUUUAUCGGAAUGAAACUUUUACAAACGAGACCGACCUUGUUCCGAUAUGCGAUUCUGCGGAAUGGAGUUUUUGACACCGUAACGAUGUUGACUGCAUCCGACAUGUCUUCAUGGAUGCUGGUCCUCGCAGGGAUCAUUCCUUCGCGAGGGGAGCCAACAGAGAAAACACGAAUGGUCCUGAGAGGACAAUAUGUUUAUUCACUCGAGGAUUUGCAGAGAAUCUAUGCAGUGAAUCCGAUUAGGGAGAUGGAGAAGGUGGAGACUCCGAUCUGCUUUAUUUUGGGAGGAAAGGACUGUCGCGUUGUAAAUCAGCAAACGUUCGAGGCUUAUCGCUUGCUAAGGAGUUAUGGAAGAGAUGUCGAGUCGAGUCUUGGAUGGUAA